AUCGACAUUCUAUAAAUGGAAUAAUUUCUUCGACAAUGGGACUACUAAAAUUGGAAAAUGAAAAGACAAACACCACAUUACUCCUCAUGUUGGUGAACGAAGAAAUGCUACUAAAUGCAGGCGUGAACGAAUCUUUAUCUUUAUCCUUGACAUUGAAUUUUCUUGAUGAUGUUCCAGGCAUUCAGAUUACUAAGCCUAGUGCAGGCGAAGUUUAUUAUCCAGGUGAUAAAAUCGUCAUAGAAUUUACUAAGGACGAUAGCAUUAAAAGCGUUUCCGUUAUUGAGCUCGCCUAUGGAUUUGCAGG